GGGAACGACCCAUUCAAAAUAAUCGCUGAAAAUAUUAUUACUGUGUAAUAAGAAAACGAAAAUACAGUACGUAGAUCGAUUAUGUUUUUUAAGUUCGUACUUUUGACGAUCGUUGGUUCUUCGGUUAAGUACGGUACUUUCAAGCCCUUAAAUGAGAUUGAGUUUGCAACGUUUUUCGCAAUAUCGUUCCACGGGUGCAACAAGCUCGCCGAAAACUAAAUGCUCCACAGAACAGAAUUUCCCGGUGAUCGAUUUUUGAAUCGGACAACUUCUGUUUUCCACACCAAGAACAAGCAUCAACUCGAUCAACCACCCAGGAUGACGACAGAAUUCGACCCCAAAACCCCCAGGACCGAUGGGAAGGAUGCAAUGGAAGGAAACGAUGAAGUUCCAUCCGGACUCGGCUCACGAAUGUAUUGGUUAUUCAACAUGAGCCAACCACAACAAAAACCUGAAACCCCAAAGGUCGUGGAUGGGAGGGACGAGAUUGCUAGCAGCACCGAGGCUCGGGCCGAUUCCGGGCGUGAAACCCUCGAAACCGAUGGGACGGACGACGCUUGGAUUGCAGGCAAUGAAGUUGGGAAGGAAAAGAUUGCCAAACAAGUACCCGGGCACAACAAUGGAUCGGACGACUGUGGUCCCGAAGCACUCGAAGCCGAUAUUCUGCAGCGCAUUGAAACGAUGAGGGCAGACAUCGAGAAGCUCACUGCCGUGGUCAAAGCACAAGAGGACUGUUGCGAGUACGAGGAUGAGGAAAAAAUGCAUCUAGAAACAAUCAAUGCGAUGAGAAACUCUCACCGAGAUAUAUACUCGUUUAUCGGAUUCAAUGUUUCGAUACGUUCCUUUGUUUUCGGAUUCUUGGUGGUUCUGUUCCAGAUCUGUUUCCUUGUAGUCCUGAUUAUUGGUACACGGCACGAUGAACACGAUGGUGUAUGCUUUCCAACACAUCUCACCACCGAUACGAGGGCGGCACAGAUCUUGUGUUUAGUUUUCUAUGUGUUGUUUCCGAGCUCGUCCAUAAUGGAUAUCAUCGUGGGAAUAGAGUUGUUUCCUCUAUUUCACACGAGCAGCCGCGACGACAAACUCGACCAUUGGAUCGCGCACGAGAUGUUUGGAUUGGCGUCUUGCUUGAAAAUCACGCUGGGCUGGGCGGCGGUACUGGCGGCUUUUUUUUUGGUAAUGACAUCGCCAUCGGCGAUUGCCGUUGUCUUGAGGUUCACGGCCGUCAACUUUGUUUCCGAAAUCGACAACGACGCCUUCUCUCUGGCGGCAGAGGGAGCGCUGGGCCGCCACAUGACCGUGGUAGCUCGGCAAAUCAACAAAAACCUGGACAGCAUGAUUCCUCCCGGAAUCGACGACCGCCGAUCGGGACGGAGAUCCGCCUUUGGGUUCGUGCAGUUCCUGAUUCUUACGACGCUUGUCACCACUUCCAUACUGAUCUUCGCAAUGCAAGACGACUGUUAUUGAAUCCAUCCAACGCAAUUGGUACGCUGAGAACAAUUCCGAUCAUUGCAGCGAUAAUCGCCGAGCCCAUGGUCCAUCCGAGGAGUUUUUGAAAGCAAAAAUACAGGAUCGGUCCCGAACAAUAUUAGUCUGUUGGGGUAGGCGUUGGUUUUGUUGAUUUACGAGGCGGGAUGCAUACCUAGACAGGUCGUGAAUCACCAAAUAGAGCACAAGAGAAAAG